ACGUUUCAGCGAGUGAUUCGAUGUGUGUCCUUGCUUCAUCUCACCCUAAAAUCAAGAGCCAUGAAGUUUAAUAUGAACAAGGCGGGACCGCUUUUGGCAUGGAUAAACACCAUGUUUCCAGAGAAGCACCUCUGGGAGUUCAUUCCGAUGAGAGAUGGGCUUCGACUCCUGAAGAUCUGCUUCAAACUAAGGCGGAUGGAGAACACCGAGGAUUUUAAGACUUUGUCCCUCUAUAAGAAAGUGGAAAUAAUCUUCAAUGUUUUGCAGGACGACUUUCACCUCACCAAAAGCCAAAGUUCCCUCAUCUUGCAGAAGAUCAGUGGAGGGACUGACCUUGAGCUUCAGCUGGCCAAGGUGGCGCUUCUGCUUUGUUACUGCACUUUUAAAAAGGGCAUCCUGCUCCCCAUGGAUUCGAAUAUAGAGUCGGCAAUUACAUCCAUGUUUCGUUUUGUAAAAGAUGAUGCUGAUGGUCUGUCUUUAGACGAAGGCCUAGAUCAGUUUCUAGACCAAAACUCUGGUAAGAACGUUGCGAACUCCAGCAGUAUGAGCAGUGGCAGCUCUCUGUUAAAUACAGAUGACGAGUCUCCGAUCGUCGGCCGGUUCCAGCGGCCUCCUAGAGUUCAGUUUCAAGAGCUUUGCACAGUGGCUUCCAGCUCGGACUGCUCUCCAGUGCAGGACGUAAUGAGCACCCCACAUUUCCAAUUGAAGAGACUUCGGAAAGAAUUGGCGCAUGAGGGAGACGUGAGAGACGAGCUGGAGAAAGAACUGGCCAAUCAGAUCAGCAUCAUCUCAGAGAAAGAGGGUCUGAUUUCGCAGUUACAGCACAGGGUGGAGCGAAUGCUGCGGGAACAAGGAGAGCUGGAGAAGGACCAUAAAGCCGCACUGCUGGAGCUCCAGGAGAAGAACGAGAGUCUUCUCCACAGAGUGCAUGAGGUUCUAAAGCAAUGCCAAUACUUAAAAACAGACAACUCCCAAAAAGAGAGAAAGAUUGAUGAACUGACAGAGGAGAAUGGAGCACUUACUGCACAGGUGCGAAACACCUUCGAUCAGCUGGUGAGAGCCGAGGAAGAAGUUGCCAAACUCACACUGGCUCACGAAUUGGCAGAGACUGAGUGGAAGAGCAGAAAAGAUUUUCUGGAGAAGGAGUUAAAUGAGGCCGUCACACAAAGGGAUUGUCUGAGUGAGCAGGUUCAGAUCCUUCAGGGAAAGAUCUCCGUUCUGGAGGAUGAACUCCAGAAAGCUAAAUCUCAGGAGAAAGGAGAGGUUUUGGGGCCCAUCUUGGAGUGGGAGGAGCUUAAGCAGGAGUUGGCAGAUCUGACUCUUAAACUCGCUCAGCUUCAGGACACUAUUUUCCAUCUUGAGAAGGAGAAGGCAGAAGUUGAGGCUUUGCUGGCUGAGGAGAGAGGCUCUUUUGAAAAGGAAACCAAAAGACUCCAAAUGGCGGUGUUCGAUCUGGAGCAGUCCAUCAAUAACAUCCGUUUAGAGAGAGAAACACUGCAGGAGGCUUUAUGGACACAGAAGGAAAUGCUUACCGCACAGAUAUCAGCUCUGGAAAGUGACGUUUCUCGCCUGCAACAGGUGGAAGUGCAGUUGACGGCAGAGAUCAAAAUCUCUGCUGACCUUCGCCAACAGAGAGAGGAACUGGAGGGGAAGGUAGCCUCUUUAGAUAAGAUGGUUAAUGCUCUGCACACUGAGAUCCAGGGUUUAGAAGUGGAGAGAGCAUCACAGCAGGACGCCCUGAAUGCCCUUAUCGUUGACUUGCAAAGCGCCAGAGCCACCAUUCAGGAAUAUGAGAAGAAGCUGGAAGAGCAUCAAAAAGUUGUACAAGAGAAUGAAUCCCUGAAAAAGGAGGCAUGCACAUUACAGCAGGAGCUUGAUGAGCAUCUGCAGGCCAGUAGAGACCUUCAGGAGCAAAUAAAUAUUCUCAGACAGGAGAAAACGGAGGAGGAGAAUAAGGUUAGUCAGGCUUUGGCCAAAAUCGAGAGCCUCCGAACACAAAUUCUCGAUCUGUCUGAACAGAUUUCCCUAAAAGAUGAAGAAAUCAGAAAUCUGAGGAACGACUAUGACUCUGUAGACCACGAAUUAAAGCUUGUGAAGGAACAAAAUAUUGAAAUAAACGAAAUGAUCAAAUCAAAUCGAAAAGAGCAUGAGGACACUGUUAAGAAACUUCAGCAAGAGCUUGACUCUGCUUCUUCAAUUGCUUCAGAAAAACAAAAAGAAAUGCUGGUUCUGUCAGAGGAGGUAACAUCUCUUAAAGAGCAGAUCUGCCAUUACAGUGAAAAUGAAGUGCAGAAACAACAAGAAUUGUCUUUUUUAGAGGCACAACACAACGUGUUAAAGGAAAACAUGAUUUCUAUUCAGAACCAGUUGGCCGAGGUGACAGCUACAGCUUCACAGAAGGAAUCUGAGCUCCACUUGCUUCAGCAGGAGCUUUGCCAUCAAGAAGCCCUGAGAGAAAAAGCUCAGGAGCUUGAGAAAGCCAGACGUGAGGAGCUUGAGAGGACCGUGAGUGAACUUCAGGCCACAAUCCUAGAGGUCACCUCUCUUGUCUCAGAAAGAGAAGCUUGCCUAAGUUCUCUUCAAGAUGAGAUGAAGGAUCAACAAUUGAGGGCCAAACAGUGUGAAGAUGAUCUACGCAAUGAGCUGAAGGAGAAGGUUGGAAAUCUACAUGAACUUCUAGACACUGCCAAUCGUGAUGCUGCAGACAAAGACCAUCUUCUGCAGUCUUUGAAUCAGAAGCUGAAGCAGGUGGAAUUGCUGUGCCAACAAAAAGAGAAAGAUGUCGUUGAGAUGCAUCAAGCAAAGGAAGACCUCGAAAAGAAGAUUAUUGAGCAGAAACAACAACUGGAUGAGUGCCAGCAGAAUUUAGAAAUGCUGAGAAAAGAAAGAGACCAUUUCUCCGUUCAAGUAUCAUCUCUCCAAGAGGAAAUCUGCCGUUCCCAGCAAGAAGUGUCUUUGUUACAGGCUGACCACAACGUUUUGAAGGAAAAUCUGGCUGCUCUUCAGAACCAGUUGGUAGAGGUGACAACCACAGUUUCCAAAAAGGAAUCUGAGCUCCUCUUGCUUCAACAGGAGCUUUCCCAUCAAGAGACCCUGAAAGAGAAAGCUCUGGAGCUUGAGACAAUUAAACGUGAAGAGUUUGAGAAAAAGGUGAGUGAGCUUCAGGCCAAAAUUCUAGAGGUCUCCACUCUCUCCUCUCGGAGAGAGGCUCAAGUAAUUUCCCUUCAAAAUGAGAUGAAGGAUCAACAAUCGCUUGCCAAACAGUCUAAAGAAGAUCUUCGCAGAGAGCUGGAAGAGAAGGUUGGCACCCUACAAGGAGAACUAGAUAUGGUCAAUCGUUGUGCUGCGGAUAAAGAAAAACUGCUGGGCUCUUUGGAUCAAAAGCUCAAAGAGAUGGAAGGGCUUUUCCUUCAAAAAGAUAAAGAUGUCCUUGAAAUGCAUCAGGCAAAGGAGGAGCUGGAGAAGAGGAUUGUUAAAAUUCAUGUUGAGAAACAAGAGCUUUCCGAAUGCCAGCAGAAUCUGGAAAUAUUGAGAAAGGAAAGAGACCACUUGUCAACUGAAGUAACCUCUCUCAAAGAUGAAAUCCGAAAUUACCAGGAAGAUGAAGUGCAGAAGCAACAGGAGAUAUCUGUUUUAGAGGCUGAACGCAAAACAUUUAAGGAGAACAUGGAUGCCCUUGAGAAGAAAUUGGUGGAGGAAACAACUGCAGCUUCACAGAAGCAAUCUGAACUUGUCUUGCUUAAAGACAAGCUUCACCAACUAGAGAGCCUUAGAGAAAAAACUCAGGAGCUUGAGACUGCCAAGCGUGAGGAACUUGAGAGAAUGGUUAGUGAACUUCAAGUUAAAAUCUUAGAGGUCUCCACACUAGCCUCUGAGAGGGAGGUUUGUGUUAAUUCUCUUCAAGAUCAGUUGACGGAUCAGUUGAAGGCUAAACAGUCUGAAGAUGAUCUCCGUAGAGUGCUGAAAGAAAAGGUUGAAGCCCUUCAGGGACAAUUGGAAACUGCCAGUCGAGACGUCUCAGACAAAGACCAACUUCUGCAGACUUUGGAUCAGAAGCUGAAGCAGAUGGAUCUGCUGUGCCAACAAAGGGAGAAAGAUGUCCUUGAUAUGCAUCAGGUAAAGGACGACUUGGAGAAGAAGAUUGGUGAGUUUGUUGUUGAGAAACAACAGCUGCUGGAGUAUCAGCAGAAUUUGGAAAUGGUGAGAAAGGAAAGAGCCAUUCUGUCAACUGAAGUAAACUCUCUCAAAGAUGAAAUCCGAAAUUACCAAGAAAUUGAAGUGCAGAAGCAACAGGAAACUUCUUUUUUAGAGACUGAGCGCAACACAUUAAAAGACAACUUGGCUGCUCUUAAGACGCAAGUGGUGGAGUUGACAACUACAGCUUCUCAGAAAGAAUCUGAGCUUCUGUUGCUUCAAAAGGAGGUUUGCGACAAAGAGAACCUUAAAGAAAAGUCUCAGGAGCUAGAGAAAGAUAUGACUGAACUUCAGGCUAAAAUCCUAGAGGUCUCCACUUUUGCUUCUGAGAGGGAAGCUCAAAUAAGUUAUCUUAAAGAUGAAAUAAAUGAUCAGCAGUUAAGGGCCAAACAGUCUGAAGACGAUCUCCACAGAGUGCUGGAAGAGAAGAUUGAAACCCUUCAGGGACAAUUGGAAACUGCCAGUCGUGACGUCUCAGAUAAAGACCAAGUUCUGCAAACUUUGAAUCAGAAGCUCAGGAAGAUGGAACUACUGUGCCAACAAAAGGAGAAAGAUGUCCUUGAGAUGCAUCAGGCGAAAGAGGACCUGGAGAAGAGGAUUGUAGAAAUUAAUGUCGACAAAUGUCAACUUAAUGGGUACCAGCAGAAUUUGGAGAUGCUGAGGCAAGGAAAGGACCACCUGAGUUCUCUCAACCAGUCUCUCCAGAGGGAGUGUGACGCCUCUCAGAAGAUUCAAGCUGAGCUGGAGUUGAAGGUAAAGGAGCAAAAUGGUUCCAUCCUUGCACUUAAAACGGCUUCUCAAAAGUGUGAGGAGCAGAAUCAGGAACUCCUGGAGCAGCUGAAGACUAAGUCAGAAGCAGUAGAGCACUACAAAGCACAGGUGGAGAAGGCCAAGAAUCAUUACAACAGUAAAAAGCAGCUGCUGGUGGAAGCUCAGGAGCUCAACAAAACUCUCGAGCACUCGUUGGAGGCCAGCAAGAGGGAAGUCAAAGCUCUGGAGACGGAAAUGACAUUGGCUCGCAUGGAACUAGACCAGGCGAGCACCAAGGAGAAGAACCUUGCGGCCAAAGUGAAAAGCUUGGAGGCACAAGUGGACUUUGCUGACAGGCAACUGCGAGAGCAGAAGAUGAUGGAAGACAAAGAGAACAUGAGACACAGAGAAAGUCUGUACAUCAGAGUCCCAGAUAAACAGCAGGACACAAGUACAGACAGCUUGGAGUUUGAGCUGAACGAUUCACUCAAUGCUAACAGUUGUUCUGCAGUACUGGGUGAUUCCAGCACUCCACUGGUUCGUAGCUCUGAGCGCUUGGCCGCUAAACGUCGUGCCUUGGCGGCCGAAUCCCUGGAGACUCUCUACUUCACGCCUUUGAGUCAACAAGGCAACAAGCGUAAAGGGGACCACAACGAUGCCUUUGAACACAAACUAGAGUCCAGUAUCACUUCCAUUGGCGAUCUUGUGGUUGACUCUGCAAAGAAGUUGAUCGCUUCGGCUCGCAGGCGACGUACUACGCAAGUUAUCAACAUCACCAUGGCUAAGAAGAGAUCAGGAAGUGCUGAAGGCGAGGAGUCAUUUUCUAGUCUGCACUCUGCCCGAUCUCAGCCCAACUUGGCAGUUCAGCAUUCACGGCCAUUCUCCAUGGACCUCUCGGAGGAAAGUGCUGCCGCAACUUUAUCAAAAGCAGACACCUUUCAGAGUCUGCCUGGAUACCGCAGAAGCACCGUGCACAACGUUGGUCCACCAAGAGCCACCAGUACAUUCUGUAUUGGAGCAGAGAAUGAACCAGAACAUGCUGCUGAUGACUGGAUGCGCAUCGCAGAACUGCAGACGCGAAACAAAGCCUGUCUGCCCCACCUGAAGAGCAGCUACCCGCUGGAAUCCAGGCCCAGUCUGGGUCCCUCGUUCACCAUAACAGACGAGGACCUGCGAAUGGGUGACCCGGAUGAGACGAUCCGACGUGCAUCCGUGAUGCCUGGUCAGAUCCUGGAGUCCCUGAACUCUCGCCGCUUCUCUCUUGCACCAAGUUCGAGCCAGAGCUCUGCGAACUCCCAGCCCCAGCGCGCCACCAUGUUGCCGGGUCAGAUCCGGUCCAGCACUGCUGCUCACCGGGCCGCUCGGCUCACAAAAACAAGCUCACGUGCUUCAGAAAAUAAACGCAGCCCGUUGGCUCCCAAACGCCCUGGAUCCCAACUGCAAGGUCCAGACACACCUGAGGCAAAGAAGUUGGCAAGUUGCUUCCCACGACCAAUGACACCUAAAGGCAUGUUCGGCAACAGCCAAAACAGACCUCCAAACUCACCGGCCGAGCGAAGGCAAUCUGUGAUGUUCACUGUUGUAAAUACUCCAAAGAACAGCACUCGUGGUGACAGCAGGCUGCAGCGUGGCCUCAACAAGCUGCGUAACAGCGCCCGAAAAUCUCCCGCCGUGGCCAGUCGUGCCCUGCGUUCGGCGGUGGCCGGCAAGUCUCCUCGGGACUCCACUCUGAGAAAGUCUCCCCGAAACAAGUCGCCCAAAUCCAAUGCCAAAAAGAUGAAGAUCAGGAUUAAGGUUUAAAUUUGAGAAUUCAACUGCAAAACCAUCUGUUUCUUUUUCUUUUUUUAUUUGUUUAUCUUUUCUCUUUGUAAUUAAGUUAUUUUUAUUAUGGGAUGCAGUGGUCUUAAUUACUGUCCUGUUUAUGUAACUGGUUGU